AUGGCGCGGGAGAAGGAGGCGGAGAAGCAGCAGCAGCAGCCGCCGCCGAGCCCGGAGCACCAGCAGCAGCGGCAGCAGCCGCCGCAGCAGGAGCCGCUAGAACCUUUUUAUUCUCUCUCUCUCUCUUUCUCUCUCUCUCUCUCUCCCUCCCUCCCUCCCUCUCUCUCCUCUCUUCUGAAUCUGGAAACCAGGAGCCUCAGUCCUUGUCUGGAGACAAUCCCGGGUCACUCAUACAGAUGCAUGGAGCUGAACCUUACUAGGAUCCCUCCCGGUAUCCCAAACAGCACCCAGAUCUUGGAUCUAAGUUUCAACCCAUUGCAAAUCCUGCACUCAAAUUAUUUCUCAGCAGUUUCGGCGCUGAGAUUUCUGGACCUCGCUAGGUGUCAUCUCUGGAAGAUUGAAGACCAUGCCUUUGCUGGACUCACCAACCUCUCGGUCUUGAUCCUGACAGGCAAUCCUCUCCAGAUUUUGGGACCAAGGGCUUUUCACGAUUUACCCUCUUUGCAAAGACUCCUUGCCGUAGAAACCAAUUUGUCCUCGUUGGCCAGCUUUCCCAUUGGACACUUGACUGCUCUCCAAGAGCUGAAUCUGAGCCACAACCGCAUCGACGCCUUGAAGCUCCCCGGAUAUUUCUCCGACCUAAUCUUUCUCCGGCAUCUGAACUUCCGAUUAAACAAGAUCUCCUCCAUCUCGGUAGGAGACCUGGAUGCCUUAGUGAGCCGGAACCUGACAUUGGUACUGUCUAGAAAUGAUAUAAAAUAUAUCGAAUGGCACGCCUUUGAGGGACUCCACCUUCAGGAAUUGGUUCUGAGGGGCUGCUUUGAGAAUGGCGUAAUUAUGCAAGCUAGCCUCCAGAAUAUGUCCGGUUCGCACGUCAACAGUUUAGUGUUAGGAGACUACCGAAACAUCCAUCGACUGGAAUCCAUUGACAAAAGCCUUGUAGAUGUCCUGUGUGACUUGCAUUUGCAGAAGCUCACUCUCAUUGAAGCAGACUCCUUGGAAACUAGAAGCACCCUCUCGCCUUGUCUCAACAAUAUUCCCAGAGUGCGGUUGGUCCAUACCUAUAUCGACGACACGUUUAAGUUCCCAAAUGACUCCAAUAUUUACCAACUUGAGUUUAAGGACUCUUCACGGGACAUGGUGCCUGCGAAGAGUCUCUCUUCCUUAAAGAAACUAAAAGUGCUUCGCAUCACUCACAAUAAAAAUCUCAUAUACUUGAAGAACUAUUUUGAAGGCCUCCCAAGCUUGGAGACCUUGGACCUCAGCGUUAACAGGCUGGUCAUUCACCUGUCCUGGGUUAAACUCAUGAAGGGAGCUCCCAAUUUGAAGUACUUGAAUUUGAGCUUCAACACGGAAAUCAGGUUAAGCAUUGAAUGCAGUGGGCCAGCCAAGCUGGAAUAUUUGGACUUGCAACACACCGCCCUCGCCUCGCCCGGAAGCGUUCCUUCGUUUUUCUGUCUCCACAAUCUCCUUUAUCUUGAUAUCUCCUACACGGGCACCAAGGUGAUCGCCGAGUGUUCGUUUUGUGGCUUGCACAAACUGCGCGUGCUCAAAAUGGCAGGCAACCGAUUUGCCAACGAUCAGCUGGUUGACAACUUCCGGAACCUCACGCAGCUGCAUUUUUUAGACGUUUCCAAUUGCCAACUCCAACAUAUAUCUCUCAGCAGUUUAACCAACCUCCAUGAACUCCAGUUGUUGAAUGUCAGCCGUAAUAAACUGCUAGGUCUCCAUCCAGAGACCUACGUGCACACCCCUCUUCUCAACACCCUGGACUUUCACAACAACCAGCUGGUUGCGUUGACGGAAGAAGAUCUUAAGAACUUACCGGCUAGUCUGAAACACCUGGAUCUCUCUGAGAACCUUUUUGAUUGCUCUUGUGACCGUUUGGACUUCUUGCGGUGGACAAAAAACUCCUCAACUCUCCUUCAAAAUGUUGACAACAUGGUCUGCUCUACCCCCAUGGACUUAAAAAAUGUCCCAGUGAUGGGUUUUGACUUGGCGCCCUGCGAGAUAAGCACCACUAUAGUGGCUGUUUCAGUGACCCUCGUUCUGGUUCUGAUCACAAUCCUGAUUCUGGUUUAUAAAUAUUAUUUCUACCUCUAUUAUACCAUGGUGUUGUUCCUUGGAAACAAAUCCUCAGAGGAGAAGGAAACUGUCUAUGAUGCGUUUGUGAUCUUCUCCAGUAGGGACCAGGAGUGGGUGAACCAAGAACUGCAGCGACCUCUGGAAGAGGAAUUACCUUACUUUCGUCUCUGUCUUUUCUACCGGGACUUCAUCCCUGGAGUUUCCAUCAUCACCAACAUCAUCAAAGAAGGCUUCCAGACCAGCCGGAAAGUCAUCGCUGUUGUCUCAGACCACUUCUUGGAAAGCCGUUGGUGUAAUUUCGAACUGGAGGUGGCUCAGUCUUGGCAACUGGUGGACAGCAAGGCCAGCCUCGUCUUAGUUGUCGUAGAAGGGGUGGACAAAGCAGCCCUGAACCACAAACUGGGCUUGUUCCGUUAUCUGCGGAGAAACACCUUCUUGACGUGGAGGGACCGGGACUUCAACCGUCAUGUCUUCUUAAGGCAGUUGAGGUCAGCCUUGCUUGAAGGCAAAACAUGGACUGAAGAGGAACUUAGGCUAAUGUCGAAAAAGUAG